AUGGAAAGAUCGCCAUUAUCAGGUGUAUUUUUCUGGAAAAAUAUAAUCGAAAAAUAUGACAGACCAAAUAUAGAAAUAACUAUACUUUUAGAACAAUGGAAAUGGAUACAACAUACAAACACUAAAGUACAAACAAUGUUCUAUGACACAAUCGUAAUAUAUUACGAACCUACAAUAGAACAAACAUGGAAAAGAAUACAACAAAGAAAUCGAAAUGAAGAAAAAUCUAUGACUAUCAAAUAUGUAUCACAAAUACAACAACAAAUAUUAUAUGACAACAACACCAUGAAAAAGUAUCUAUCACAAAGUACAACUGAAACAGAAACAGACACAACAGACGAUGAAACAAAUUUGAAAGAAACAAACUCAAGGAAACAAUGGACUACAACUACCACCGCAAUUAGGCAGAAUCCUCAAUUAAACAUUGAAAAAAUAACUAUAGAUUUAGCAAACGAAUUACAUGAACCAAUAUACCAAAAUGCCACAGAAAUGCAAGACCAGUUAGGAUUGAUAUAUUCACCUAACCAAACCAUCACACAAAAAAUGGAACAAAUAAAGAAAGCGUUAGAAACAAAAGAACAAAACCAACAAAACAUAAUAAAUGAAUAUCAAAACCAACAUGACUAUCGAAAUGACCACAUAAGACAACCAAUAAUUAGAGACUGGAAUGCACAGCGAUGGAGAACAAAAGAAACAAUGUAUAACUAUCUCACUUAUCCAGAAGAAGCAGUAAUCGAAGACACUAAAAUUAAAUUACAUGAACAAGAAAACAACGACCUAAUUGAAAUAACAGAUGAAUAG